AUGACAAAAAAAUCAAAUUCUUGUAUUUUCGCUUUAACGUUCUUGGCCUUUCAGGUCUUAACAAUUAAUGGUAUGAGUGGUGUUAACAUUCUGAAUUCAGAUCACUCCUGGUACAUAUGUAGUCCAAUUCCGGUAAAUGCUAUCGAAUUUACAUGGGAAAUAAUCGACACUGGUGUUGUAUCAGAUGCAAAUGGCACACUUGUUCAAAAUCCAAAUCCUUCGAUUAUAGAUUCUACAAGUACAGAUGAUGGUUGUUAUGGUAUUGUUACUAAUACCACCGGAUUACAAGAUUAUUUGAAUGGUCUGGAUUUUGUAUUUGCUUCAGGACUUUCUUGUAUAAAUAAAACAAAAUCUUGCACACAAAUUGGCAGUUUAACCACUAUUACACCUUUAUGUUUACUUAUUGUAAAUCCUACAACCAACUAUAAUUAUACAUUUCAAUAUUCUCUUUUUUUUUAUUUGGUUUCAACGACAACUAGUACUACUAGUAAAACAACAGCUACAGUAAUUACACCAACUAUAAAAUCUACUCCUAAUCCAAGUGCAAGAACCACUACUUCUUCUAAAAUUACAAGUACAUCUACAUCUACAUCCAAAACUAGAACUAAAGAUGGUCCUCUUGCAACAAAUGAUGUAAGCAGUUCAAAUAGAGUAAAAUCGUCAAUACCUUUAAAUUUUCAAUUUAGUAAAAAUCAAUCGAUAUUAAUAAUGGCUAGAUUUAAAUCUUUUGUCAUUAUUUUUGGACUUUUUUUAAUCAGUCUUACACACAAACUUUUCGCUAUUCCGAUCUUUUCUGCAUCUAUUAAUAAACGACAAGAUUGUGAUAACUAUAAAACAGAAUUAUUUUCAAAAGAAGUUACAAUCACUGUUACAUCUAGUUUAUGUGCAUCAGAUGGAGAUACCGAAAUUUAUUGUGGAGUUCGUCAAAAACCAUGUUUGAAAGCAGAAUUAGUAGAUUUUGUGGAUGAUAAAUACAGUUAUUUGACUCAAAGUCAAAGUUUUGUUUCAAGUCAACGUUCUUUUGGUCAGUGUGUAGAAGGUCCUCGAGAUGCAGAUAAUAAUAUUAUCAUUACUGACACAUGGUAUUAUUAUGAUGAACUUAAGGGAUGGUUUUGGGCUGGCGUAACUGGUCAACCAAAAUCUAGUUGUUCUCCGUAA